GCCUCGGUUAUUCUGCCACACACUGAUUGUUUCACAAAGACAAAAAAUGUUUUAAAACUAAAGAAUCGUGUUGUGGAGUUAACGUGAAGAAAUGUUCGCAUUUCCGCGUUGAAAAAAUUGAAGAGAAAGAGAAAGUAAAUGCGCCGUUCACAAGUUUUUCAUUGAUGACUUGACCAAAACACGUAACGAAGACCUGUAUAGUUUAUCGGCUAAAAUGGGACUAAUUAUUAUUUAUGAAGCCUUAAUGUAUUUGCUGGUACUUUUAUUUAACUGUGCGGCGGCGCAAGUUUCAGGUGAGUUAAAGCGUCAGACUCGUUGACGCCUGAGGUGAAUAAACUUUUAUCGAAUGUAAAUUUGAGUUUAGCUCAAUCGGUGUCGGUGUAAAAAUUAAAUAUAGAAACUAAACCAAACACAUUUAAAGGUAAAACGCGUAUUUAUUUAGGUUUAAGGUUUAAGAGCAUCCCAAAUGUCACGUUUCUGUUCAUUCAGUAAACUUUUUGUUCUGCUUCAAGGUUUAGAUUGUCCAGUUUGGUUUGCUCUAAUUGUAACAAUCUAUAAAAGCAUUUAAAGCAAUUAGACAAGUUAUAGUUUCAGUAAUUACUCAUUCAAAAACACAUUUAUUAGAGGAGCGUGUGGUGGAAAUUUCCCAUAAAGAGUUAGAUGAAAGAGUUGUUUUUUGUGAGAUUUAUUAAAAAAAAGAAAAAUAAAAAUAAUGGGGAAAGCAAAUAAAAAGCAUGGAUGUUGAUCGUGCACAUCAACAAACCAAAAACCAGCUGGGAGAUCAGUGCACACACCACGAAGGUGUGAUGCAAAGAGCCCACGAUCCUCAAGUUGCUUCUGCCUUUUAACCCCUUUCUCUGGCUCUGGUGGAAUGUCUCUCUGCAGCAAUGGAAUUGUUUGCGCCACCUUAUCUCGCUGUGAGUGAGAAUGUUUACAUUCUCAUUUCUGCAUCGUCAUGUCUUGUUAUCCAAAGGAAGGAACACCGAGCUUCCAAGACAAGAUGCAUUGGCUUUACCAGCCUUGGGUCUGGUGGGGAGUCAGAUAGGAUGGAGCCAGAGUCCGGGUGUAAAAGACAAACACAUAUCAUAAAUUAUUAGUCAGUCAAAUGGAACAUCAGAUGUUUAGACUUGAUGUACGUCAGCACAAGAGAUUAUUUGUUUGUGUAAGAAUGUUCAGUAUUGCACCUAACCAGCACAUGACGACUGUGUUGGAUAAGAAACAGCACAAAGGCCCAAUUCUUCCCAUUACAAGCAAGAGAAAGUUUGACUUUGAACGACGUGACGUUUUAACAGGAAACUAUUUAGGGAUAAAGUCUAUAGAUAAACUAUAUGGAGGUUCACUUCAGAUCGUCAUCGGUCUGAAACAGUCGCCUCGGUUAUUCUGCCACACACUGAUUGUGUCACAAGGACGUAAAAUGUUUUAAAUCUAAAGAAUCGUGUUGUGGAGUUAAUGUGAAGAAACGUUCGCAUUUCCGCGUUGAAAAACUGAAGAGAAAGAGAAAGUAAAUCCACCGUUUUUCCUUCAUGACUUGACAAAAACACGAAGACCUGUAUAGUUUAUCGGCUAAAAUGGGACUAAUUAUUAUUUAUGAAGCCUUAAUGUAUUUGCUGGUACUUUUAUUUAACUGUGCGGCGGCGCAAGUUUCAGAUCCCAGUGUUCUGAAUUGUUCUACUCCAAACAUCGUCUGGCCUGGUAGUGACGUCAUCCUACCGUGUCGUCUUCAACCUCCACUGAGUGCUGAGUCCAUGAGGGUGGAGUGGACCAGACCUGAUCUGGAGCCAGAAUUCAUCCAUGUUUACCAGGACGGACGCUUUUUAUAUGAGCUUCAAAAUCCACAUUAUACUUAUCGCACAAGUCUGUUUGUGGAUCAGCUGCCUAAUGGAGACGUCUCCCUGAAACUGUCCAGAGUGACUCAGUCUGAUGCAGGAACAUACAGAUGUUCCCUUCCCUCAGUGCAGCAGGAAGCGUCUGUGCAGCUCAGUGUUGUGUCAGAGGUCAUUGGAUCUGAUCAAGCAGUUCAAGCAGUGGUUGGUGAUGACGUCAUUCUGCCGUGUCACAUGGAGCCUCCGGUUGAUGUCACAACUCUGACUGUGGAGUGGACGACACGCAACGGAGCAGUUGUGCACAAGUUUGAGAGUCGAAAAGACAACACAGAUAUUCAGAACGAUACAUUUAAAGGCAGAACUUCUCUCUUCCACGAUGAGAUGCACAAAGGAAACAUUUCACUGAAACUGAUCAACGUGACUCUGACAGACGCAGGAAAUUACACCUGUUUUGUUCGCAAACUAAUACAACAAAAGAAGGACAACGUUGGGCUGUUUGUUGAUUCAAAGGAUAAAAAAGGAAGAGAUGAUGACAGUAAGGCCUCGUCCACUGUUCCCACUGGUCCCACUAAUCCUCCGGCUCUUACUGCUUGUCACAUCACCCUCAUCGUCGCUGCCGUUGUUAUCCUGAUUGCUGGUGUUGUAGCAGGUUUAGUUUGGUGGACACGUCAAAGAAACCGUCGACAAAAUCAAGCAGAGGCUCCUGAGAACAUACCUAUGAUGUAAACACUGACGUGAACGCUGCCAUCAGCCUUUGAGCAUCUGAAGCCUCUCACAUCUGAGUGAUGACUGAGAAAAAGAUCCAGACCUUUAGUGCCUGUAACCACUACACCAUCGUCCUGCACUACAUAUAAACCUGGACCUUUCAAUUAUUGCUUUUUGUGAAGAUAAUGUCUUUUUGAGUUGUUUGACAAGGUUCUACACAGAGAAGAAGGAACAUGUCACCUGUUUCCUUUCUCAUCCUUUCUAACUGUUCUUACACAUCUGAAUCAAUGUGUGGUACCAUAGAACGGUACAGAACCUACCAGCCUCCAACAUGCAUCUAUACUUUAUCUGUUUUGUUUAUUUGCUGUGAUGAUGUGCAUACGGUUGUUAUAUUUAUUGUUUGAAGGCAUUAUGCAUAUUCUUCAAAAACACAGAGAGAAAUCUGUUUAAAUUGACCAGGGACCAAAACACUGACUUCUCCCAGUUAACGUGGAGGCAGUGGGUUUAUUCACAACCUGACUCAGAAAACAGUUUCUAAGCAAUGAAACAUGUGAAAAGCUACUGUGACGUCAAGAAUGUGAAUCCAGAAUGUGAAUUUUGUUAUGAACCAGUGGCCCUUUUAUUUAAGAUGAACAUAAACUAAUGUGUUGUUCCAUCUGUGCUGGUUCCUCCUUCUGUGUAGAUAGAGACUGUUUGUUCUGAGCAUAAACUAUAAACCUCUUAUGUUACAAUGUCUGAUCCUUUGGAUAAACGAUUUUCUGUCUGAGUAUAUGUGGUAUUUUUCGAAAAACCCUUUUAGGACUUUUAGGAAUUACCUCUUAAAAUGAAGUGGUCUAGUGGAAAUUUAUCCAUGUAUAAUUUAAUGUAUAUUAUUUAAAUUUAAUUAAAAUUAUAAAAGACACAGAAGAACCCGUUUGUCUUGGUGGUGUUAACGUGUUGUGACCCAAACACUGAGACCCAACAGAACCGAGCUGAGACGACGUUUCUGACUAAAGAACAGGAGGCUGAACAGGACCAUCAUCAUCGUCACUAAGAACUAAUACUGUGAAGGAAAAUGAUGCUCAUCAGGCAGAUGUUGAUCAUCUGGAUUAAACUACAACUUAAUUGAAGCUGUUGUUUCUCUACUUCAGGUUUUCUGUGUUUUACUUCAGUUGUGAGUUUUCCACUGUAAACAGACAUUAAACGUGUUAAAAACAUCAAA